UCCUCUCGCUAUCCCUUUUCUUCAAUCUGUUCCGAUUCUAAUGGCCGCCGUCGCCGAUCCCGUGGAGAACGGUGCCACAAACUUCCCGGAGAAUCAAUCCCCCACACCUUCCGGACUCAACGAAACCACCGUCGCCUUCCCCGAAUCGAAUCAACCGGAUACCGCCCCCGAUGCUAACGAUUCAUCUGCGGAGCGAUGGCCAGGCUGGCCUGGAGAUUGCGUGUUCCGCGUGAUCGUUCCCGUCUCAAAGGUCGGAGCUAUUAUCGGGAGGAAAGGAGAUAUCAUUAGAAAGAUGUGCGAGGAGACUCGCGCUCGCAUCAAAGUCCUCGACGGUCCCACCACGACACCUGAUCGAAUCGUGAUGAUAUCUGCGAAGGAAGAACCAGAGGCAUACAUGUCCCCUGCAAUGGAAGCAGUCUUAAGGGUGUUCAGGCGAGUUUCAGGGUUGCCUGAUACUGAUGAUGAUGAGGAUGUUCAAAACGCUGGAAGUGCCUUCUCUUCUGUGCGUUUAUUAGUUGCUUCCUGUCAGGCGAUUAAUUUAAUUGGGAAACAAGGGUCCAAUAUUAAAUCAAUCGUAGAGAACUCUGGUGCAUCGGUUCGCAUCUUAUCAGAAGAGGACACACCGUUCUAUGCUACACAAGAUGAGAGGAUUGUGGAUUUGCAGGGGGAAGCUUUAAAGAUUGUAAAAGCGUUAGAAGGUGUUGUAGGACACUUGAGGAAAUUUUUAGUUGACCAUUCUGUGGUUCCUCUCUUCGAGAAGCAAUAUCUAGCUAGAGUCUCUCAACCUCGUCAGGAAGAGCCGUUGGCUAACAACAAGUCAUCUCUCCAUUCUAUUUUGUCAAAUGCAAUCGAGUCUGAUCUCUCCCUCUUAGCACGGAGGGAGCCUCUGUUUAUGGAGUCACGUGUUCAGCCGUCCGGAGUUUCGAUGUAUAGUCAAGAUCCUGCACUUUCCUCAAGACAGUCUUCUGGCCUUGAUAGAGUUCCUGCUGCUUUUGUUACACAGGUAUCUCAAACGAUGCAAAUACCGUUCUCCUAUGCAGAGGAUAUUAUUGGUUUAGAAGGAGCUAAUAUAGCUUACAUCCGUAGAAGAAGCGGAGCUACCAUAACCAUUCAAGAGAGUCCACAUCCUGAUCAAAUCACAGUUGAAAUCAAAGGCACAUCUUCUCAAGUACAAACUGCUCAGCAACUAAUUCAAGAGUUCAUCAGCAAUCACAAGGAACCGGUUUCGGUUCCAGGGGGAUAUGCUAGAGUGGACGCUGGUUAUGUACCUGCAUAUCCUCCUCAGGUGAGCAACCUUCAAGAGCCGCUCUCGAGCAGCUACAUGGGCACAGAGACGGUGCAGUACAGACCAACAGCAGCAUACUCUCAGCUUGCGGGUCCGUCGUCAACCUACACGCCGUCACUGCCUGGGCAAACUUAUGGAACGGAAUAUAGACCAGCAGCUUCUGAUGUUGGCGGCUACAACGGUUAUAAUCUAUGAUUCGUUUGCUGUGUGUUUUGCUUACGAGAUUUAGAGAGGUGGCUCGUUUAUGACAGAGGGAAAGAACACGUGCUAGAGAGCCAAUGUAGCUGAAUGUGUAAUGUAAAAAUCUAGGCGUCUGUUUUUUAAAAAAAAAAUCUCGAUAUCUUUUUACACGACAGAUCUGGUCCCUAUCAAAUAAAAACAGUUUCGUGGUUUUUUUAAUAAUCCUUUUAGUUUUGAUAUUGUAUGGUAUUGUUUGAGAUAUUUGACAGAAAUAAUUAGGGGUGG